AUGGAAAACUUGAAAUUCGAGCAGUUUGAACCUGUUUUAACAACAACACAUAUGGAACAUAUUCAUGAACAAGCGAACAAAAAGCUAAAUUAUUCGAAUGAACGCGUUUAUAAAGGCCUAAUAGAUCUCGAACCGAAUGUUGAAGAGAUCAUCGCAGCAGCUGAACAACAAGAAAUUCAAAAACGAAAACAAGCAGCGAAAUUUCUCGAAGAAUAUCAAGCGUUACAAAAGAAACGCGUUAAACCUGAUAUCAUGGAAUUAUUUGAUGAAUCGAGUAUGAUCAAACAAAGUACGCGUAUUAAUUUAAAAUCAAUGAAACCUACGAAAAUGAAAGCCAAGCAAGCGACGAUAUUUUCAAUUAACAGUUUGAAUCAAGCACAAACAUUAUGGAAAAUUUAA